AUGGAGGACCUCGUUGGACAGUGUGCCCGCUUCUCCCUCCACACGAAGGAAUGUCAAACAAUUCCCUUAGCACAAGACGUGGAGGAUAAUAGCAAAGUACUUGUAGUGAAACUCUUUACCAAGCAUCAAGUUAGCAUGGAAGCAUUCUCGCGAACGCUAAAAAGCAUGUGGCACUUUGUAAAAGAUUUUGAAAUUAGAGACCUUACAUCAAAAGAAGUACUACUACUAUUCGCCGACAAGACCGACAUGCAAAAAAUCCUCUCUCAGGGGCCUUGGUCUUUUGACAAAUACUUGAUAGGCCUAUACAAACCCGGUACGAUAGAAUCGGUGGAUGAUGCAAAUUUUGACACCGUUUCAUUUUGGAUCCAAAUUCAUGACCUCCCUCUUAGUCGUAUGAACAAAAACAACGCCGUAGCUAUAGGAAAUACUCUUGGCGAAGUUGAACAGGUUGAUGCCUCACCGUCUGGAGAUUGUUGUGGAUGCUACCUUCGACUUCGUGUCAACAUUAAUAUCACCCAACCUCUCUACCGAGGGCGCUACGUCGAUCUGGGAGACUCGGAACCCCUUUAUAUUUCACUUCAAUAUGAGCGCAUGCCUAUUUUUUUGCUAUUGGUGUGGCUUUUUGAAUCACAACGAGGGAGACUACAAACUCUGGCCCGACAGCAACAAAACUGUAAACAAGGAUGA